AACUAGAGAGAUAGGCAACGGCUGUUUAUUUUAUUUUUGUCUCUCCUCCUCAGCGGACAAGUGUGUGCGAUUACGAUAAACCGGCCGUGUGGUCUGACGGCUCGACCGAGCAGCGCGGCACGAGGGUCACUCCAAGGCGACAUCUCACCCGUUGAUUGCGACCGUCCCCGACAAUGAUUUCGCCGCUAUUCGCUAUUCGCCGGCCCUUGGCGUUCGCGGCAUCGGUGUUCGCCAUCGCCGCCCUGGCUAGGACUACCGAGGCGGCCAACGGCAAUUGGCGACUGCUGUUGUUGCACAACAACGACAUGCACUGCCGGUUCGCCGAGACCGACAAGUACGGCCGGCCGUGCCGCGACUCGGCGCCGUGCUACGGCGGGUUCGGCCGGAUGAAGACCGCCAUGGACCAGGCCAGACGCGAGGCGCAGAUGGCCAACGUGCCCACGCUGUCGCUGAACGCCGGCGACACGGCACAGGGAACGGCGUUUUUCACGUUUCUCGGUAUGAAGAUCGUGGCCGACAUGCUCGGACGGCUCGACAUCGACGUCAUGAGUUUGGGCAACCACGAAUUCGACCUUGGCGUGGAAAGACUCCACGAGUUCCUCGACAACGUCACGAUACCGGUUGUAGCCUGUAACCUGGACUUUUCGGAAGAACCGAUAUUGGGCAAGGAAAAGUCGUUGUCAAAAUCAAAGGUCGUCACGGUGAACGGUCACCAAAUCGGUAUCAUAGGAUACGUACUGCCCGACACAAAGUUCACCUCCAACGUGGGCAACGUUAAGUUUUUACCGGAAAUCCCGUCGGUGUCGGCCGAAGCCAGACGUUUGAAAUCACAGGGAGUGGACAUUAUAAUCGGCCUGGGUCAUUCCGGCUUCCGGACGGACAUAGAAAUGGCCAAACGCGUGCCGGAGUUGGACUUGAUCGUCGGCGGACAUUCCAAUACGUUUUUGUACAACGGCGAGCCUCCGGACGCGGACAAACCGUCCGGCCCGUAUCCCUAUUGGGUGGAACAACCGGGCACGGGCAGGAGAGUACCGGUGGUCCAGGCUUUGUACGUGACCAAGUACUUGGGCAAACUUUGGAUGGAGUUCGACCGGCACGGGGAGGUAGUGAGUUGCGAUGGCAAUCCAGUGUUGUUGGACUCGAGCGUGGCACAAGACCCGGAAAUACUGGAAACCGUCAACGUCGUACAGGAUGAAAUCGUCAACAAGACCAACGAAGUGGUGGCCUAUUCGGCCGUGUUCUUGGAAGGAGACGAUUACAUGUGCCGAGUGCGGGAAUGCAAUUUGGGAAACAUAGCGACGGACGCGUUCGUGGACUUUAACCUCAGAAAAUACAUCACUUCGUUCAACGUGACCGAGCAAUGGACCGACGCUGCCAUAUCCGUAAUACCGAGCGGAGCACUCCGGACAAGCAUCAAUGCGGCCAACAACGAGGGCAAAAUAACCAGAGGCGACGUGCUGAUGGUCUUCCCGUACAUGAACGACGUGGGCAAAAUAACCGUGGAGGGCUCAGUUGUCUGGCAAGCGCUUGAACAUUCAGUCAGCCGGCACGACAGUGGAAAGUAUCACGGAGAUUUUCUACAGGUAUCAGGGUUGAAAGUAGUGGCGGACGUUGGCAAGCCGGUGGGUCGACGCGUUCAGUCCAUCGACGCCAGGUGUGCCAAAUGUGUAGUGCCGGUCUAUGAGCCUUUGGUCUUGGACCAACUAUACACGAUCGUCGUGAGCGACUUUUUGGCCAACGGCGGAAACGGCUAUACCAUGUUCAAAACGGCAUCCAAGUACAUCAGCAUAGGCAAGUCGGAUGAACCGAUCAUAGAACAUAUGAUGCGCAUCAAGUCACCCAUUCGGCAAGGGUUAGAGGGCAGGAUCACUGUGAUCAACUCUGGUCCGUUCAAAUCUGCUGCCAGCUGUGUUACCGUGUCGCCGAUUAUGACGGCCGUAAUGAUUGCACUUACCGCGUUGAACGGAUACUGACCAUUAUAUAUUGUAUAUAUUUAUAUUUAUAUACAGGGUGUAAUGUAAAGUUCUACCGAGCGUCAAAUCAGACAUUCAGGAUACUCAAUAAAUGGUAUUAAUUUUUUUUUUUUAAUUUUAAAACUAUUUAAAAUAGAACUCGUAUCUCGUUAAAAAAUGGUCUUACGAAUAAAAUAAUGUCAGAUUUGAAAUCGGGAGAAAAAAUCUUGUUGAAUUGAUAUGUAACACGAUUUUUUGGUAUCUGGACACACUUGCGUCCACCGAGUGGCCACUGAGUGGCCGGCAUGUGACCAAAACCACCAUAUGACAUGUGAAACGUCAUUUUGGGUUAGAAUUUCAUUGUUAAUUCAGCGGUGCCCUUAGAAUUAUUUUAUAUGAAAUGAUAUUUUCGCAUGCUAUAUGUUGAUUUUAGUCACAUGCCGGCCACUCAGUGGCCACCCUGUGAACGUAUAUGUGGCCAUAUAUACAAAAAAUCAUGUUGCAUAUCAGUUCAACAAGAUUUUUUCUCCCGAUUUUAAAUCUGAAAUAAUUUUUUUCGUUAGACAAUUUUUUAAUGAGAUAAAAGUUCUAUUUUAAAUAAUUUUAAAAUUUAAAAAAAACGAACACCAUUUAUUGUACCCAUAGAGCAUCCUGAAUGUCUCGUUUGAAGCUCGGUAGAACUUUACAUUACACCCUGUAUAUAAUACAUGUAUAUUCGAGCUCGUCGAAGUUAAUCAGUUUUGACAUGGCGCUGUACGGUUAAAAUAUCACUUUGACGGAUUGUGUGCGCUGUAAAACGGUCCAUUUGCAAAUAUAAAAAUUUGAAAUAGAGUUUUAGCACAUAUACUAGUUCCCGGAGGAUUAUGUCCGGCACAACUGCCAUAUUAUAAUAUACAAACGUAUUUUGUGUUGAACUGCUUUUAGGUCUGUAAAUGUUUUGUACAAUAGUUAUUAUAUUAUUACUUUACUAUUACUAUAUAA